AUGGCUACUAAAGGCCGCCACCGUGACAAGUGGCACCACUGGGCAUCCUCUCCGCGCCACGCUCCCACUUCUACUGUUCGGUCCCUUGUCAGCCGUAUGAAGUCGAAGCUUUCUCCGCCAGACUCUACUAAGAUGGGCGCAGCCGACUCUAUAUGCGAGGAACCAUCACCCAGGGAUAUGUCCACUUGUAGUAAGGGAGAGAUUGAGACCUCCGAAGAAAGCCCUUGCGUAGAGGGAGUCCCUUCUACCCCUGCCAUUUCCACUGCUAGCUCAAGUGUGGAUAUCGGUAAUAGCACCAUGGUCUCUCCUUUCUCGCCUCCAGACAGGGCCUGUUCAACUACUCCUAGCGAAGAAAGAUGUACUAAACAGGACGUUCAAGGAUCAUCUGGUAGCCCCUCUCCGUCUGCCGACGUAGAUGGAGAUGAUGUCUUUGGACCGUCUGAACCGGAAUCACAGGGAGAGCCAGAAGAUGACCAGGUACCUGAAGAAACCGGAGAGAUUGGAAAUGCCGCAGAGGUAGAAGUUGGCUCGAACGAAAAAGUUCCUGUGGAGGAAGACCUGGAGGAGGACCUGGAUUAUGCAACUGAUACAGGUGCUAGCUCGGAAUUCAAGGAAAUCCCCAGAGAGGACUCCGUUGAUGACGAAGGGUACAGCGAUAAAGAAGCCGACGAAGGUGGCAAAAAAGAAGAUGGUGGCAACGAAGUACAAGAGGAAGAGGAGGAGAUGAUACCAUCCCGGGAAGUAGAUUUCCUUCUGGAGAAUGCAGAGGUAACUAGGCGUAAUGACCUUGCUGCACUCCAAGAUGAAUUCGACGAUGAGAUCAGAUAUCUUGCCAAUGAGCGAAACCAGCUGCUCACCGAAAAGAUGUUCUGGCAGACCAAAUUCGUGACUGCAAUCAAAGGAAGAGAGAAACAACGCUCGCGCGCCUCUUCCCUGACGGAGGAUAACUCCCGCAUGGAUGCGAUCAAUAAGAUGCUCCAGCGUGAGAUGGGGCUUAUCCAGGAUAUCAUCGACAAGCAAUACAAAGAAAUGUCGGAAAUCAAAUCCAACUGCCUAGGUACGGUCGCGCAGCUUACCCAGGCAUGCGAAGUUACUAAGACAUACAUCGACAAGGCCAAGGAGGAGAACAUGAAGACUGCAAAGGAGUUGGCUAUCCUUCGCAAAGUCGUCAUGAAAAUCCGACAGCCAUCUAAGAAGCUUACUGAAUUCUCUAUGCAUCAUGACUUCAAGCAGGCCUUGGAGGUCAACCAAGAGCUAAAGAGUAAGACCGAGGCCCAGCAAGAAGAGCUUGACAAGCUGCAGGCCCAGCUAGCCGAACGAGAUGCGAAGAUCGAGAAUCUACAGGCAUCUAAUACCAAGCUGGAGGAACAGCUCGACGACUUGGAGACAUUUAACUCCAAAUAUAUGAACAAGCUAGAGGAAGCCAGCCGCUCGCUCACAUACUACCAAAAGUCUCUAUUACAGGCGCGGGACAAGGAAACUCAGCUCAAUGACCGUCUCGCGACUGCGCUGGGUGAAUGGGCAAGCAAGAAAAAGAAAUUUAAGAACGAGUUACUCGAGUGUCGCGCUAAGCUGCAGCUUAAGGACACUAUGAUCAAUGCUCUUCAUGGCCAGUCCUCGAUAUAUCUGGAGAACUGGAAGGAGACCAUCAACAUGCUCUCGGAGAAGAGUCGGGGAGACGAGCUGUCAGUAAAGCUUGCUGACUGUCUCCAGGAGACGCUGGAUCGCAACGAAGCGUUAGAGAUUGAACUUGGCGAGCUUCGUGAGAAGACUUUAACCGUGCUUAACCAAAGCCUGAGCUAG